AUGUCUCUCUUGUCGUUGACGCGGCGAGGUCUUGGUCGGCCAGCUGUGCCUCUGCUGGCUCGUGCCACGCAUAGUUCGUACCGUCCCAUCUCUCCGGAGUCUGUUGCGAAGGAGGAUGCAGAGUACGAAGCGAAGAUUCAAGCGGCUGAGCAGGCUGUCGCCGAUAUGGGCUUCCCUCGCCUCUCUGUCUUUCGCCAGCCGGUAAGCUGGGGCGAUCAUGAUCAAUUCCAGCAUGUCAACAAUGCACACUACAUUCGCUGGUUUGAGACUGCCCGUAUGCGCUGGAUUGAGCGUGUGACAAGCACCAUGCGACCUGAGCUCCGUGACAACUUGGCGCUGGGCCGCGGCGUAGGCAUUAUUCUUGCGUCGACGUACUGCCGCUACCGUCGGCCUGUGACGUACCCUGACACGGUCGUGAUUGGCAGUGCUCCGUACCCACUGCGUCGUCGUGAUCGUUUCGUGAUCAAGGAAGUGGCCUACUCAGUCAACCAGCGUGCGAUGGUCGCCGAGGCCGACUUUGACUGCGUAGGCUACGACUACGACAAGCUGUGCAAGGCCACUUUGCCAGACGACUUGGUUGCUGCCAUGGAGAUGUGGCAGUACACGGGCGCCGGGAGCGAUAAAAAGCGUUAG